CACCCGAGGGAGUCGGGAACGGCGAGCCCUGGGGGCGGGGUCUGCGCGAGCCUCGGCUCACCGCAGGUGGUCUGGGACGGCCCAGCCCGGCUCCGCCCUUGCACCUCGGGGCGGCAACCAGCAGCUCCCGAGGGCGGGUCCGUCGCUCCAGGCGCCGGGCGGACGGGAGAGGAAAAAGCCCGGGGGCCGCGGCGGGCGCGGGGCGGGGCGCGGGCGGACGAAGGGGCGGAGGCUGCGGGCCCCAGGCCUCAGGAAGCGGAGGCCGCAGCGUGGGGACGCGAUGAGCUGGGCGCGGGGCUUCGGCGGGGCUCAGCCUGCAGUGUGUUCCAGGCUGGACAUGGGUUACAGAUUGCUGAUAGGGAAUACAGGAGGGAAGGCUGGAAGUGACUGGCGCAGGGCGCUGGAGUUGGAAUUCCCACCCACCCUCACUCCCAGGUGGACUUCCGUCAGCAAGCAGCCACGAGGUGAGGAACAAAACGUGACAGAAACAGAUGCCUUCUUUAAGAGUGAAAGGUUCGAUCCAGCAGAAAAGUACAAAAUGGACCACAAGAGGAGAGGAGUUGCUUUAAUCUUCAAUCACGAGAGGUUCUUCUGGCACUUAACACUGCCGGAAAGAAGGGGCACCAGUGCAGACAGAGACAAUCUUCAGCGCAGGUUUUCAGACCUAGGAUUUGAAGUGAAAUGCUUUAAUGAUCUUAGAGCAGAAGAACUACUACUCAAAAUUCAUGAAGCAUCAACCUCUAGCCACACAGAUGCCGAUUGCUUUUUAUGUGUUUUCCUGAGUCAUGGUGAAGGCAGUCACGUUUAUGCAUAUGAUGCCAAAAUUGAAAUUCAGACAUUGACUGGACUGUUCAAAGGAGACAAGUGUCAAAGUCUGGUUGGAAAACCUAAGAUAUUUAUCAUUCAGGCGUGUCGGGGAAACCAGCACGAUGUGCCUGUCAUUCCUUUGGAUGCCGUGGAUCACCAGACAGACAAGGGGGAGGCCAAUGUCACCGAGGUGGACGCGGCCUCCGUUCACACGCUGCCUGCAGGAGCAGACUUCCUCAUGUGCUACUCCGUUGCAGAAGGUUAUUAUUCUCAUCGGGAAACUGUGAAUGGCUCAUGGUACAUUCAAGAUUUGUGUGAGAUGCUGGGAAAAUUUGGUUCCACCUUAGAGUUCACAGAACUCCUCACACUGGUGAACAGGAAAGUUUCUCAACGCCGAGUGGACUUCUGCAGAGACCCAAGUGCAGUUGGAAAGAAGCAGGUUCCCUGCUUUGCCUCAAUGCUAACAAAAAAGCUGCAUUUCUUCCCCAAAUCUACAUGAUAGGGGCUAUUACAUUUUCUGUAUCUGUACUGAAAAUAGAUUUCCCUUUUUAUACAAAUAUCACUAGGGUAAAGCUUAUGAUACCAAUUUAAAAUGUUCUAAGGUUAAGGAGAGAACUUUUUAAAAAAAUAGUUCAUACUGGACAUGGUAAAAGGGUUUGAUACAUAUAGAACCAAAAUCCUCAGGGAAUCUGUAAAUAAAAAUCCACAGGCAUCUGUAAUACUUGAUUUUUAUAGUAAAUUGCAGUUACUCAAAAUAUCUGGCCAAUUUAACUUGUAAUUUGUGAAGUUUUUUAUACAAGUGUAUGUGUUUAAAGGCUUUUGAAACCCAAAAAUUAAGUUGUUUUCCCUAAUACUUGAAAUUCAUGUUUCAUUAAAUUUUUCUAAUUCACA